AAAAGAAAUUAUUUAAUAAAUUUGUUUUUAUGAAAAUUAAAAUAAAGAAAUAAGUGAAACUCAUGCAAAAAGAGACCAAAGACGAAAAGCCGCAACGACCGGACCCCAUCAUCUCGAUUUUAGGCGGCGAUUUGGGACGCUGGCAAUUAUUUGUUUGCUUAUGGAUAUUUUUGUCCAAACCGCCCACCGGUUGGGUGCAGAUUUCUAUGACAUUUCUACAGGCCGAUGUUAAAGUCACCUGUAAGAGCGGUGGCGAUAGCAAUGCCAGCGAUAUUUGUGAAGCCGGUUGCGAUGGGUAUGAUUAUGAUCGUAGCAUUUUCGAGCAAAAUAUUGUCAUGGAAUGGGAUUUGGUAUGCGAUCGUCGGUGGUUAGCGCAAUUGCAACAAUCACUGGUCAUGGUGGGCAUUAUGUUAGGCAAUAUGGUAAUGGGCAUGCUGGCCGAUAAAUGGGGACGACGUCCUAUGUUUGUGAUCUCGUGUUUGAUGCAACUCAUUUGUGGUUGUCUAGUAUCGGCAUCACCAUGGCUUUGGUUCUUCUUGUUGAUGCGAUUUUUGGAUGGUUAUGCCACUGGCGGCACUAUGUCCACUGGCUUCACAAUCAUCAUGGAAAUUGUGGGUAAAAGUAAGCGCGAACUGAUGGCCAUACUCUAUCAGAUUCCAUUCAAUUUGGGUCAUGCCACACUGCCACUAUUCGCUUAUUUUCUCCGCCACUGGCGUUGGUAUCACCUGUCGUUUUCGUCCUUUUCAGUCUUUUAUAUAAUUUUCUUUUGGACUGUACCAGAAUCUCCACGUUGGCUUUUGACCACCGGCCGCUUGGACAAAGCCACGGAAGUGCUCGAAAAAGCAGCAAAGGUUAAUAAGCAACCAACCGAGCGGGUGCGCCCUGAUUUAGAGGAAGCGCAUAAGGUGCUGUCAUCUUCAACAACACAAAAGGGCACGCUUGUGGACCUAUUUAAACAUCCUUAUCUGUGUCAAAAGACUCUAGCGAUGGCUUUUAAUUGGCUAGUUGUCUGCCUGGUAUACUAUGGCGUGUCACAGUUCUUAACCGCUUUGACCGGCAACAUAUUCCUCAAUGUUUUUGUGGCGGCGAUAAUGGGCGUACCAGGCACCUGUAUAUGUGUACCGGCAACCAAAUAUAUGGGACGCCGUCUUACUCUCUUUAUAUCCAAUCUUGUAAGUGGCAUCUCAUUGACGCUCUUGGCAUUUGGUCCACACUUUGGCGGCACAGUUCGGGUGCUUUUGGCGACAAUUGGUCUCUUUGGCGCAUCGGUCACAUUUCCGAAUGUCUAUUUGUAUGCCGGCGAGCUGUUUCCGACUGUUGUUCGUCCCACAGGUGUGGGUUUGUGUUCGUUUGUGGGACGUGUUGGUUCGAUUGUAGCUCCAUGGAUAGAGGGGUUGAAGUUAUAUGAUAUUGGGCUGCCCCCUGCCGUUUUUGGAAUAUUCGCCCUCUUGGCUGCUGCUUCGGUUUGGCUUAUGCCUGAAACGAAGGGUUACCCUUUGCCAGAGACUAUUGAAGAUGGUAAUACGUUUGGCAAGAAACCGAAUGAGUAG